AAGCCAUCUCGAUCUCUUCCAAGGCGACUCUCUUUCGUCCUGAUAAUAAUAAUAAUAAUAAUAACUGACGCAUCCGAAGCAAUCUCCGGGCAUCUUCUCUGGAAAGGCCUCGGUCGCCGAUGUGGACGCCUCCGCCGCUCCUGCUCCCAUGGCUCCUAACCUUCCUGCUGCUCCCCAUGCCAUCCCUUGCUGAAGUCGGCACCGCCUCCUUCUACGGACCACCGUAUCUCCCUACCGCAUGCCACGGGAGCGACGAGGGCCAGUUCCCGGCAGACAAUCUCUUCGCGGCCGCCGGGCAGGGGAUAUGGGACAAUGGCGCGUCCUGCGGGAGGGAGUACUUGGUGAGAUGCCUCAGCUCAGCCACGCCGGACGCGUGCGCCGGGGGCCGGACCAUCCAGGUCGCGAUCCUGGAUCAGGCCGCCGCACUGAAUUCGAUGCCUUCGAGGAAUGGGACCACCAUGGUUCUAUCAACCACUGCCUUCAGGAUGAUAACCCAGCAGUCGGUAGAUGUCAUCAACAUCGAAUUCACCCAGGUUUGACAUGGGCCGGAGAUCGCAGGACCAGACCAAUUCUGAAGCAUCAAUGAAUUCAUUUAGUUUUUCAAGAAAAACAGCUGUCGAUUCUUCUACUCCCCCCCUCCCUCAACUGUGCCAUUUAUUCUUCCUUUGUUUUUUUUGAGAUAAAAUUAUUCGUCUUCUUUACUUUCUUUUCCUCCUUGCGCCGGCCAGGACUCAGGAGUGAGCGGGAUAUACUUCCCGGUAAUUAACCUCACCUGAACUCCUAAAUCUUCCCCGCACAGCCCUGCGAAAGCAAGGACUCCGUCCGUCCCAAGUCUCUGAAACGGGCACAGAUUUAUUUACCAACAAACUUGCUUGUACCUUGAAGCAGAUCUCCUGUGCUAAUUUUCUUAAUUAGCGUAAAGCAAAGCGACGCCUCUGUAUGGUUGAAGGCAACCUGCAACUCUGCGAACCAGACGAUAGACAGCAACGUUUGACCCGUCUCGUUGAACCCCACUAGUCUGAGAGAUUGUUUUGUUGGUUUCGAUU